AUGGCCGAGUCCACCACCAUUGAGUAUUUGUGCAAGUUCUGCAGGGCAGUGGUGGAAGUGUUUGGACCACAAUACUUGCGAUCACCCAAUGCUGAAGACACUACUCGGAUCCUAGCACAGAAUGAAGCAAGAGAAUUUUAUGGGAUGCUUGGAAGCAUCGACUGCCUGCAUUGGGCAUGGAAAAACUGUCCAUUUGCUUGGCAGGGGAUGUACAAAGGCGCGAAAGGAGGUUGCAGUGUGUGCUCGAAUGUCUUUGCCAAGCUUGUUGAAGGUCAUGCUCCUCCGGUGAACUUCAAGGUCAAUGGGCGCCAGUACAACAAGGGAUACUACCUAGCAGAUGGCAUCUAUCCAAGAUGGUCAACAUUUGUGAAGACUAUCUCAAACCCUGUGCCAGGAGGCAAGAACUCCUACUUUGCUAAGUGUCAGGAGGCUUGCAGGAAGGAUGUUGAGCAGGCAUUUGGUGUGCUUAAAUCUCUAUUUGCUGUUGUCCGGCAGGGUCCUCUUGCAGCUGUUGAUCACCAGGUACCGGUAGCAUGGGCUGCCUUCCUCAAUAUGCGUCAGGAGAUCCGAGACCCACAGGUGCAUCAAGAACUGCAGAAGGAUCUGGUGGAGCACCUAUGGAGGCUCAAGGGCAACGCCUAG